GACUGUUUGGGCAUAGCAAAAUAAUACCGGUCAACCGUCUCCUUCUAUAACACAAAGAAAUAGAGUACCUUCCUACCUUUGGCUUAAUCAGGUUAGUUAAAAGAAAAAAAACCAGACAUCCCAUAAAACAACACAGAUACACAUACAUACAUAAGGCACAUGUACUAUGAAAAAGCUUGAAGCAAACCUAUUCUUGUUUCGUUUUCAUGGAGAAAAUUGUUGUUCAUGAGAAAAUGACACAGAUUUGUCGAAAAAUUGUUCAUGUAAAUAUCAGGUGGAGCUUUUUUGAACGUGUAUCAGUUUUUAGACAGUUUUUUCAGUUUCUUUGGGACAGGAUUCUUGCUUGUUCUAUAGGUAAGCCUAUUAGGUAUCGCCGGUUAACUCGCCGGCCUUCUUCUUCUUCUUCUUCUUCUCCGCCGCCAGAGGUUAUUGAAGCCGGUAGAUUGGACUCAUCAAUAGAUCCCACCACCAGUUUUAGUGGGUAUAGUACAGAUUCCGAUUUAGUCACUUUGAAGAUCAGUUUGCUGGGUGAUUGCCAAAUUGGAAAGACAAGCUUUGUGAUCAAAUAUGUUGGAGAUGAGCAAGAAAAGAAAAGCUUGGAGAUGACAGGAUUGAAUUUAAUGGAUAAAACAUUAUUUGUUCAAGGAGCAAGGAUUACAUUUAGCAUAUGGGAUGUAGGAGGUGAUAGUAGGUCACUUGAUCAUGUUCCCAUUGCUUGUAAAGAUGCAGUAGCAAUUCUAUUCAUGUUUGAUCUUACUAGUCGUUGUACUCUUAACAGUGUUAUUGACUGGUAUAAUGAAGCCAGAAAAUGGAAUCAGACAGCAAUUCCUAUACUAAUAGGGACUAAAUUUGAUGAUUUUGUUCAGCUUCCCCCAAAUUUGCAAUGGCCAAUAGUGACUCAGGCAAGGGCAUAUGCUAAAGCUAUGAAGGCAACCCUUUUCUUUUCAAGUUCUAAACAUAAUAUAAAUGUGAACAAGAUCUUCAAAUUUAUCAUGGCCAAGCUCUUUAACUUGCCUUGGACAGUAGAGAGAAAUUUGACAAUUGGAGAACCCAUUAUUGACUUCUAAUUUUCAUGUACAUAGGCAAAAAGGAGAUGAUUAAAGAAACAAAAACAAAAAAGAAAAAAGAAAAGAAGGAAGAAAAUUCAAGCUAAUCAGCAGCAGAUUGAUUCCUGCAGAGACCUUUUCUUUUUCUUUGAUUGUUCAUCUGUUGACAUUUUCUUUUUCUUUCUUCCUUUUAACUUUACUUGUGUAAGUAACAUGGUUGUAGCAUGGGAGUUUCUUGAUCCAAAUGAUAUAAAACAGGAGGUAAUUUUGUUUAUUAUAUUUUAUAAUGAGAAAAAAAUAUUUCUAAUUCUAA